AUGGCUGACUCCGAGUACACUGAUGAUGAAAUGGACUAUGAGAGUCCAUCCUCGCAAGCCGUUGUCUUCGACGCGUUCCUGGCGCCAUUUCGCGCGCUGUUCUCCAGGACCGCCCUCCGCAUUUACCUCAACAUUGUGUUGUUCAUCGGUGCCACGGUUUUUCUGUUAGGUGUUUCGGGACUCGCAUAUGCAAUCUUCUACUUCAGAUUCAUUCCCACGGUCGGGAUCGACCAACAAGUCCACCUACAAUUCGGUGACGGUCACCCGUGGGGAACUGUUUCCCUCGACCCCGAUUUUGUACAUUCACAACCCUACGAUGUCGCCGUCGUGCUCGAACUCCCUCCCACUCCUUCCAACCAUGAUGUGGGCAACUUCAUGGUCGACCUCACUCUCCUCGCUCCCCCAUCCGGCACUGGCCUAGCUGCUGUAUCAAAUAAACCGAAUCCAAUCCAUCACUCUCGACGACCGGCUAUUCUAACCUACACCUCUCCUCUCGUGGAUGUUGCGCGGCGGGUGCUGCGCCUACCCUUGUACAUGGUGGGCUGGCGACGUGAAGCCCAAACGUUGGAGGUACCCAUGAUGGAGAAGAUUGAAUUUGCGCGAGGGGCGCGCAAUCUACCGGAAGGCCUUCGGCUCGAACUCCACAGCGAUGGGAAGAUGCAGAUCUAUUCUGUGCAAGUCGAGUUCCGAGCUCGAUUUACCGGCAUGCGGUGGUUCAUGUACCGCUGGAAGAUUACCUCUUUCGUGAUAUUCAGUUCCAUGUUCUGGACCAUCUCGAUGAGCUCAGCCAGUUUGACAUGGUUCAUAGGAGACACUGAAACAGAAGAUGGCAGCACUUCGAGUGAAGUUGCCAAGGUGAAAGAUGAAGAAGUGGACAGUAAGCUGCUGCAGAGCUAUCCUGAGACCCACGAUUCAGGCGUUGGAUCGGGCAUGGAGAGCGCAGAGGACCGAGGAAUACAGAAACGACGAAUGCAUUCGCUCGAGGAGGAACAGUGA